CGCUAAAUCACUCUACUGAGCACUGAGCAACAAAGCAAGCAUUAGCAUUCCACAACUCUUUAUAUUUAUAUGACUUAACUUUUUAGUAAAGAACAACUCGUGGUGUAAGUAAUACUCACUUACUCAGUCACAUUUAAAUCAAGUUUAACUUAGCACGAGUGUUACCUCCAACAAUAUUCUACAUCAAUUUGUUAUUUAAUAAAGUGUUCCUCAAUUUUUUUUUAAAACAAUUUUACCGGUUUAAAUUAAAAUCAAGUUAAAAACAAUUUCAUAAUGGGAGGAACAGCUUGGGUUACCCUUGCUACAAAUGACUCGUAUUCAUUGGGUGCUAUGGUGUUAGCGUAUUCUUUAAAAAAAGUCAAAACGCAACAUCAAUUGGCGAUAUUAGUUACACCAGGAGUUUCAGGUCCUAUGAGAGAAAAAUUAAAUGGAAUUUUUGAUGUUGUUAAAGAAGUAAAUUUAUUGGAUUCCAAAGAUCAAACAAAUUUAAUAUUGUUGAAACGUCCUGAGUUGGGUGUAACAUUCACAAAAUUACAUUGUUGGCAAUUAACGCAAUUCGACAAAUGUGUAUUUUUGGACGCAGACACAUUGGUCCUACAAAAUUGUGAUGAACUCUUUGAACGAGAGGAAUUAUCAGCUGCUCCAGAUGUAGGCUGGCCAGACUGUUUCAAUUCUGGUGUAUUUGUAUAUCGGCCAUCAUCUGAUACAUUUAAUUCACUUGUGAAAUUCGCUGCUGACAAAGGCAGUUUCGAUGGAGGUGAUCAAGGAUUAUUAAAUUUAUACUUUUCUGGGUGGGCGCAUACCGAUAUUAGUAAACAUUUGCCAUUUAUUUACAACAUGUGUUCAACGGCAUGCUAUUCAUAUUUACCAGCUUUUAAACAAUUUGGUGAAGGUGUAAAAAUAGUACAUUUUAUUGGUACAGCAAAACCAUGGCUACAACAAUUCGAUACCGAAACAAGAUCCGUAAGCCCAAGUCCAGGUUUUGAACAUUUAAAAGUGAUCUUACAAACUUGGUGGGAUUUGUUCUGUGCUCAUAUUUAUCCACAACUAUCGUCAAACAUGAAUGAAUACUCACAUUGGACGUGUCCUACUGAUAGUGAUCAUGAAAGGCUACAUCGAUCGACUGAAACCCAUGAUAUCCAUCAUAAUAAUUAUGACAAUAAUAAUAGUUCCUAUAAUUCUUCUACCUAUUAUGUUGAACCUAUUAGCUUAAUUCCCCCCUCACUUGAAAUACGUAACAUUCCUAUUUAUUAUAAUAACGAAACGACAUCAUGUGAUCAACAAUAUUAUGUUCCUACUAGUAAUAAUCAAAUCGAACCGACACAUUUCUAUGACCCGUGGGAAAAUCAUAAUCAAUCGUAUCAUGAAAAUCCACCGUUUCAUCAUUCUCAUGAUAAUCAAUCAAAUAAUCAACAUUAUCAUAACGAAAAUCAUCAUUUUCAUGAUAAUCAAUCACAUAAUCAACAUUUUCAUCAUGAAAAUCAACCACAUCAUGAAAUUAAUCAACCAUUUCAUGAACAACAUCAAUAUUUUCAUGAAAAUCAUUCCUACAAUCAUGAAAAUCAUUCCCACAAUUAUGAUAAUCAUUCCCACAAUCAUGAAAAUCAUUCCCAUCAUCAAGAUAAUCAUUCCCACAAUCAUGAUAAUCAUUCCCACCACCAUCAAGAUAAUCAUUCCCACAAUCAUGAUCAUCAUUCCCAUCAUCAAGAUAAUCAUUCCCACAAUCAUGAUAAUCAUUUCCACCAUCAUGAUAACCAUUCCCAUCAUCAAGAUAAUCAUUCCCACAAUCACGAUAAUCAUUUUCACCACCAGGAAAAUCUUUCCCAUCAUCAAGAUAAUCAUUUCCACAACCAUGAUAAUCAUUCUCACCACCAAGAUAAUCAUUCCUACAAUCAUGAUAAUCAUUCCCAUCAUCAAGAUAAUCAUUCCCACAAUCAUGAUAAUCAUUUCCACCAUCAGGAAAAUCAUUCCCAUCAUCAGGAAAAUCAUAAUCACGACGUUCAUCAUCAAUCCCAACAACAUUGGCAUAAUCCUGAUCCCAUUCAUCAUGAUCAACCCCAUAGGGAUCCAUCACCACCCCCUUCGUAUCAUCAGAGUCAGGAUCAAUAUCAUUCCCAAAAUAAUUUUAGUAAUAAAAAUGAAAAUCAUUCAGAUCGAAUGCAUUCCAAAAUAGAAUGUAGAUCAUGUGAUGUCAGUAAUUCCUAUUCCCAUAAUUCCAAUGUAUAUAAUAAUAAUAAUAAUGAUUCCUGUUGUCCUAUUCCUAAUAUUGAAGCACAAUUAACAGCUUUAAUAUCCUCCGAUGAUCCCAGUAACGAAACCAAGGAUAAUCAUGAGGAAGCAGGUCUUGCUGGUGCAUUCGCUCAAAUGACUCUUGGUGCUCCACGUUCAAGCGCUCAAAGUGCACUUGAAGAUCAUUUCCGAAGACAAAGUUGGGAAGUUGGUAAUAUUGAUUAUUUGGGACGUGAUUCAUUUGCAAAUAUAUGGCAGAAAAUUAGUGAAACAUUAGCAACACCUGCUGUUCAAGAAUCAGCCGGAAGUACUAGUGCUGUACAAACACAACAACCAAAAUCAACUACAGCUAAAGAAUCUACUGCAGGUUCUACUGAUGGCAUUUGUGGUGCAAGCGAACAAAAUGCUCCACAAAAACAACAAACUCAACAACAAAAUCAAAAAGAUAAACAACAACAACAACAAUCAAAGAAGAAUAAACAAAAAGGUGGUGGCGAAGGUGCUAAUCAACCUCAGCAACCACAGCAACAAUCUGGUAAAAAAAAUAAACAGCAAAAUCAAAAUGAACAACAGAAACAACAACCGAAACAACAGCAGCAAGAGCAACCAAAACAACAGGAACAACCAAAACAACAACAGCAAUCUAAGCAACAACAACAACAAGGAGGUAAACAGCAAGAGCAAGCGAAACAACAGCAACAACAGCAAGGUGGUAAAAAGAAUAAAAAAGGUGGCAAAGGUAGCUCAGAAAAUGUUUCUGAUGAAACUUUAGCUCCUGUAGCAGCAACUCAACAACCAGAGCAACCUAAAAAACAGGAGCAAAAACCUGCAGAGCAACCUAAAAAGCAACAAGAGCAGAAACAAGCUGAGCAACCUAAAAAGCAACAAGAGCAGAAACAAGCUGAGCAACCUAAAAAGCAACAAGAACAGAAACAAGCUGAGCAACCUAAAAAGCAACAAGAGCAGAAACAAGCUGAGCAACCUAAAAAGCAACAAGAACAGAAACAAGCUGAGCAACCUAAAAAGCAACAAGAGCAGAAACAAGCUGAGCAACCUAAAAAGCAACAAGAGCAGAAACAAGCCGAGCAACCUAAAAAACAACAAGAACAGAAACCUGCUGAGCAAGGUAAAAAAUCACAGGAACAAAACAAACCACAAGAGCAUAAAUCUGGUGAGAAAAAACCUGAAGAACAAAAACCUGCUGACCAAUCUAAAAAGCAGCAAGAACAAAAGAAACCUGCUGAGCAAUCUAAAAAGCCACAAGAUUCGAAACCUGUAGAUCAAUCUAAGCCUGAACAAGCUGAAAAACCACAAGAACAGAAGUCUGCUCAACAAACCAAAAAGCAACAAGAACAGAAACCGGCCGAGCAACCUAAAAAGCAACAAGAUCAAAAACCAACCGAACAGGUUAAAAAAACUCAAGAACAGAAACCUGAUGAGCAGCCUAAGAAGCCUCAAGAACAAAAGCCUGUUGAACAAGUUAAAAAGCCACAAGAACAAAAACCUUCUGAGCAAGCUAAAAAACCACAAGAACAAAAACCUGCUGAGCAGGCUAAAAAACCCCAAGAACCUGUUGAGCAAGCUAAAAAGCAAGAACAAAAGCCGGCCGAGCAACCUAAAAAACCACAAGAACAGAAACAACCUGCUGAGCAAUCGAAAAAAGCAGAAGAACAAAAAUCCGCUGAACAAUCUAAAAAACAAGAACAAAAACCUGCUGAGCAAUGUAAAAAACCUCAAGAACAAAAGAAACCACAGGAACAAAAACCUGCUGAGCAAUGUACAAAGCCACAAGAGCAAAAACCUGCUGAACAGCCAAAAAAAUCUCAAGAGCCAAAACCUGAUGAGCAAGCUGCUAAACCACAAGAUCAAAAACCUGUUGAACAACCUAAAAAACCAGCUGAGCAACCUAAAAAACCUCAAGAACAACAGAAAAAACCACAGGAUCAAAAACCUGCUGAUCAAUCUAAAAAACCUCAAGAACCAAAACCUACUGACCAAUGUAAAAAGCCACAGGAACAAAAACCUGCUGAGCAGCCCAAAAAGUCACAAGAGUCAAAACCUGUAGAGCAAGCUAAACCUUCACAAGAACCAAAAACCGCUGAGGAAAAUAAAAAACCACAAGAACAACAGAAACCUGUUGAUGAAUGCAAGAAACCUGUAGAACAAUCUAAAAAAGCGCAGGAACAGAAAUCUGCUGAACAAGCUAAAAAUAAAGAACAAAAACCUGCUGAGCAGUCUAAAAUACAGGAACAAAAAUCAGCUGAGCAACCUAAAAAGCAGGAACAAAAGCCUGCAGAACAACCUAAAAAAUCACAAGAGCAAAAACCUGCUGAACAAUCUAAAAAACCACAAGAACAGCAAGCUAAAAAACCCCAAGAACAAAAGCCAACUGAUCAGAGUAAAAAACCUCAAGAACAAAAGCAAGUUGAUCAAUGCAAAAAACCUCAAGAUACGAAACCUGCUGAUCAAAGUAAAAAACCUCAAGAACAAAAGUCAGCUGAUCAGUGUAAAAAACCUCAAGAACAAAAACCAGCUGAUCAAUGCAAAAAACCUCAAGACACGAAACCUGCUGAUCAAAGUAAAAAACCUCAAGAACAAAAGCCAGCUGAUCAAUGCAAAAAACCUCAAGAACAAAAACCAGAUGAUCAAUGCAAAAAACCUCAAGAUCCAAAACCUGCUGAUCAAAGUAAAAAACCUCAAGAACAAAAACCAGCUGAUCAAUGCAAAAAACCUCAAGAUCCAAAACCUGCUGAUCAAAGUAAAAAACCUCAAGAACAAAAGCCAGCUGAUCAAUGCAAAAAACCUCAAGAACAAAAACCAGCUGAUCAAAGUAAAAAAAAUCAGGAGCAGAAACCCGCUGAGCAACCUAAAAAACAAGAUCAAAAAUCUGCUGAGCAAUCUAAAAAACCACAGGAACAAAAACCCGCUGAUCAAUGUAAAAAACCUCAAGAACCAAAACAACCUGGUGAGCAACCUAAAAAACAAGAGCAGAAGCCUGCUGAACAAACUAAAAAACCAGCAGAUCAGUCUAAACCUGCAGAACAAAAUAACCAAAAGAAACCAGCAGAGCAGAAAAAACAAGCGCCUCCACAACCCAAAGCGAAGCAACCUCAAUCUGAAAGUGAAGCUCCAGCUGCUCCUCCAACGAAAUCAUCAAACGAAAACCAAAAAUCAAGUCCAGUGACUGAUGUUCCUCCCAAUGCUGCAGUUAGUGAAACAAGUGUCCCAAGUGCCAAACCAACCCCUGCCCCUGUUCCAGCACCUGCACCAGCUGGUGACCAAUGCCCAUUACCACCACCACGAAAAGAAAAAAAAGGUGCCAAAAAACAAGCACCUUAAACCAAAAAAAAUGCCAUUGAUAUUAAUUUAAAAAAUAUAGUUUGUAGAAAUUCAAAUAAAAGUUUGUGAGAUAUUUGUUGCGUUUUUUCAAAUUUGUGUGCGUUAAAAAUCGCAAAUCAACGUUUGACUCUUUUUUUGCGAAGAACGUUCAAAUAAUUCAUGACUUGGCUCUUGAUUCGAUUCGAUUCGAAUUUCAAUGUGAUUUUAUUUGACAAUAAUUUAUUAUUUUAAAAAAUAAAUAUGUUAUGUUAUAUUUAUACAGGGUGUUUUAGGAAGAACGGUUUCUUCCUUCGUAAAUACGAAGACUUUCUCAGCUCUGGAUCUCCUUAAACAGGGUGACGAUCGAAAUGGAAUUUUUACAUUAUUUUGAAAAUAUUCUGAUGUCUCUAGAAUUAAAUUUUGAAGAAUGUUUCAUCGAUAAUCUUUUUUAGACCCAUGUAUGUAAGAACUUUUUGUCUUCUUAAUAAUUUACUAUUUUUUCUGAAACAUCCUGUAAAUCAUGGUUCAUUUCUAAAAGUACACUGAGUACAAUUAAAAAUGAAACAUGAACGUUAACUUAUUUUAAUACUGAUUUAAUUAAUUUAUAAUAUUUGUUGAUUUAUUCUGAUUGAUAUUGUUUGUUCGAGUUUGUUUGUUUUCUAAUUUAAUCUAUUUUUCUUUCAGUAUUCAAAAUAUUAUUUUGUUCUUAAAAAAUAGCCUAAUCAGUAAAAAUACACAGAGUACCACGCCACACACAAAAUAUCACGCACAUCUUAGAUCUUAUAUUCCUCGAUUCAAGAAAUACAACCUUCAGACAAAAAUUUUUACAAAAUUGCUUUUUAAAUUAAGUUUGUAGAAGUAAUAGCAGCUUUUAUAUUUAAGCUUUAUCGUAGCAGCUUGAAGCUGAAUUAAAUUUGUAGAUAAAUGUUGUAGUAUUGCGGCUAAGUUCAUUACACGCCGGCGUAUAUUGAACAAAAUGUUCUAAAACACGAUAGAUAUUCAUUUACUCUUCAGUUUAGAUCAAAUCUUUCAAUUGGGAGUGCGAAAAAUUUCGAAUGACAGCUACGGUUAACCCAGAAAUUGAAAAUAACUUUAUGUGCCAAAAAAAUAUAUAUUAAUUAUCUAAACAGGUGAAUUGGCGUAUAAAUUAGGUCAGAUAUCUAAAUCUAGGUGUAUAAGAUCUAUGAAAACACUACACUAAUCGUGAAAAAUAGUAUUAUUUA